GAAAACUGAACCCAUAUACACUUUUAUCCUCUAAUUUUAGGGAUUGAGACAUGAUUUUUUUCUAAAAUCUCUAUCAAUCCCCAAAAUUUAUACUUGAUUUAUUGGAAACCUUUUUAGCUCCAUCGAAUAUGGUGACUCUUAAACAAGAGGAUUUCGGGACAUUCAAAGGAGAGACGGUAAAAAAAUACACUUGGACGAGUAAGAGCGGAUUUUCAGUUUCUGUUAUCUCAUAUGGCGCUACUAUCCAAUCUAUUAAGGUUCCUGACAAGAAUGGUGUCCUAGCUGAUGUAGUCCUAGGCUUUGAUGAUCUGGAUGGCUAUGUUAAUCGGAACAGUCCAUAUUUGGGCGCCACAAUAGGCCGUUGUGCCAACAGGAUUGGUGGUGCAGCAUUCGAUAUUGACGGUGUCACUUACAAGCUUGCUCAGAAUGUAAACCCUAAUCAUCUUCACGGCGGAAUUGUAGGAUUUGAUAAGGUAAACUGGCAAAGCACUAUUGAAGGCAACAAGGUGACGUUCAGCUACUUGUCCAAAGACGGCGAAGAGGGUUAUCCCGGCGAUCUCCUCACCAACAUAGCAGUGGAAUUGUUGGACGAUGACACACUCCGUCUGGUGUUCCAGUCUACCACCACUAAGAAGACCGUGGUCAAUCUUACCAACCACUCUUACUUUAACCUCGCCGGCCACAGUACCGGCGCAGCUGAGUUGUACAACCAUGUCAUAUCGAUGAAUUCCAAUAAGAUCACAGAAACCAACAACGAGUCGAUCCCUAUCGGCUCCUUCAAGGAUGUGGGAGGCACUCCUUUCGAUUUGCGCGUACCCACUCGACUUGGUGACGUUAUCGAAAAUAGCACUGACCUGUUCGACAAUAAUUUUUGUGUGGCCACAUAUGGAGAAAAGCACCUGACUUUCGUAGCUAGAGUGACGCAUCCGGGUUCCGGACGAUUCCUGGAAGUGUUUACCGAUCAGCCUGGUGUACAAUUGUAUACAGCCAACUUUCUACCUUCACCCGAAGACGAAGCUUUAGUAGGCAAAGAUUCAGUCGGUUAUCGCCGCCAUGGCGCCUUCUGUCUAGAAACCCAGAACUACCCUGACGCGAUACACCAUGAUAGCUUCCCAUCGGCCAUUUUGAAACCUGGCGAUGUCUAUAUACAUACAGUUUCAUACCGUUUUGGAGUCUUACAGUCAGCUUGAGAAGUGAUUAUUUUGUUUUUAUUAUUAUUUUAAUAAAUUUAGUCAUCAUAACGCGAUUUUAAUAUUUAUCUUAUAAGAACUCUUGAGUAUAUCUUAAUUAAGUAUUUUGUUAAGUGGUCUAAGAACUUGGGUUCGCGUUCCGUCAGGUAUGCGAGAUAGUUGAUUUUUUAAACCCGAGAUUAUAUGCAGCCACACAGAUUUUUUUGUUUUUUUUCGGGACUCUGGACAUCAUACAAAAUGUCUGGACAAUCCAGAUGAAUCCCAACCAUCUGGCAACCCUAAGUAUAAAACGAUUGGUGAUAUUAAGCAGCGACUUGUUGUUCUAUUCUAUUUUUACUAUGCAUUUUUGCGAUCGGCGCAGCUAGAACAAGUAUUCAAAGACUUCAUUAUUGUAUCAUUUAAAUGUUCUUAGAGUCAUAAUUUAUACAUAAUUACAUAUUUUAUUCAAUCAAAUAAAAUCUUAAUAAGUG